CCUUCCAAGAUCAGAUGGGAAAUUGUCAACCAUGAUCGCACUACCCCCCUUGUAUCCUGGCUUGCUGUGCAUUCACCCAACUGUCGCAUACUCUUCUCCGACAACAAAAAGCAAUGCAACAUGAUGAUCAGCACUGAUUGUCCUUCUGGCAGGAGUAAAGCCGAAAUCCACCUUGUAAUCGCCAAACAUAUCUUCGCCAAUGACCCAGUAUAUGGGCCCCAGUAUGCUGUAGAAGAGAAUAGGCCAAAGUUUGGACAAGCCAUUGCCAAUCACCUUGCAUAUCUCAGGGGGAAGUAUAAGGCUGCAAUUGCUCGGUUUGGGAUGACUGGCACUGGUGUC